AUGUCUCGUCCCAAACUUCUCCCAGCGACCGGCGCGCAAGCCAAAGUCGAAGUACCACCUGGGUGGUUCAUCACCAUCAGCGCGGUCAGCCGCAAGACCUACAACCAACUCAUUACUUGCGAUUUUGAGGUCCAGGGCACUGCCAAGAGCCACUAUAUCGUCAAUAAAUGGGGCCAAGUGAACAUGAAGAUGCAAGACUUGGAUUCGUCGGAAGAUGUCGUCACCAUCAUCCCUCAAGAAGAGUCCAUUGUUUUCGAACUCAACGCUUACUUCUCUACCACGGCUUCGGUCAAGGGAGAAGCGCUCAGGGCCGACAAGUACAGGAGCUCAAGACUCAACAUCUUGGGGACUCAGAAACCUCCCAACGCUCCUAAGGACUUCCCUGACUACAGUACCUUCGUUAUCUUCGUUGAAGACGCCCCGCCAACCACUCAAGUUGCAGGGGCACCGGAAUACGACGACUCCUUGAUAACCGUCAACAUUAUCAAAGGCGAACUCCCUCCUCCCCCGCCGGACACCGGUUCUCAAGCACUCGCUCAGACUGGAAAGGAUGCCAUCGACGCCUUCAUCAACGUCUAUACCGACCCUACCAAGCCUGGGCCUACUAUCCCUCCCGAGGUCAUUAUCCCACCCCCGCCCCUCCCUCCUACACCCCAGCUUCCGGUGUGCAUCAUCGGCGCUGGUGUUGCGGGACUCUAUAUAGCCAUGAUGCUCGACUCUCUCGGUAUCAAGUACGAGAUCACCGAAGGAUCUGGACGCACUGGAGGAAGGCUUUAUACUCACAACUUCCCGAAGAACUCUGGAAAGUAUCAGUAUUACGACGUCGGCGCCAUGCGUUACCCCGAGACCACGUUCAUGACGCGAACCUUCGACCUUGCAAAGAAACGUCUUGGCCUUACUAUGCUUCCCUACCUCCGCGCGAACGACAAUGCCUUCCUCUCCUACAACAGGGUUAGCAUCACCAAGGCCGAAAACAAGCAGAAGGAUCUCGUUAAAGACGACGUUUUCAAAGUGAGCGUCAAGAACGACGGCUACGUCCCCGAGGACCACUUCGAGCAGGGAACUGGUGUAUUUUGGGACCAGAUCCUCGGCGAGCUCAGGCAAUACUUCGUGGACUAUUCGUUCCCUGUCGCAUUCGACAAGCUCAAGCAGCUGGAGGACCACUCCGUCACCAGCUAUUUGUUGUUGGUGAAGAAGAUCCCGUAUCCCGUCGUCAAGUGGUGGGAGACUAUGGAGUCGCGUACUGGGCUUUUCGACCAAUCGCUCGUCGAAACGGUUUUAGCGUCAUUGGUCUUCAUGGACCCCAACAUGACGGGCAAAGAUGUGAACUGGUGGUGUUUUGACGGGGGUUCAGAGGUUGUCCACAAGGCCAUGACGGAUCGCAUCAGCACCAAGCCUCAGCACUUCAUGCGGGUCACCGCCAUCAAAGAGAGCGACAACGGUCAGACCUUGACAGUCAGCUUCGACUCCACCCACAAUCCCCGCCCUUCUGCUCAGGGUCGGACGGAGAAGAAAUACUCCCAAGUCAUCUCGACCAUGUCCUUCGGCUGCCUGCGCAUGGUCGACCUUGAACAUCUCUAUCUUUCCUACGGCCAGCGCAACGCCAUCCGCCAGCUGACCUACACCCCGUCCAUCAAGAUCGGACUCCAGUUCAAGACCGCCUGGUGGGAGAAACUCGGUAUCGUCGGUGGUCAAUCCUCCACGGAUCGCCCCGUUCGCGACAUUGUCUACCCUUCGUACGGUCCAGACGCAUCUCACCCCAACAACCAGAAGUCCAACUGCAUGAUCGCGGCGUACAAUGGAAUGCAAGACUCCCAGCGCCUCGGUGGUCUCAUGAAGGGAAAAGGCACUCCUGAGGAGCGUAUCCUGCUCGACCUCGUCAUGCGCGACCUCGCGGCUGUACACAAGGUGGACGUCGAGAAGCUUUGGGACGAAUACGAGGAUUACUACCCAUGGGACUUCUAUCGCGAUGAGUUCCAGCUCGGUGCCUUCUGUCAAUUCGGGCCUAAUCAGUUCAAGUACACCUAUCCGUAUGUCACCCAACCCGGCUCGAAGGACCAACGUUUCCACUUCGCUGGCGAUGCCACCAGCACCUUCCAUGGCUGGGUUGCUGGUGCCCUCAACAGCGCCUGGCGUGCCGUCCUCGGGAUGCUUCUUGCUCACCCCGAGCUCAACCCGAACCCCAACGAGGACAUCGUCGCGAAAUUCAAGAAGGAAUGGGGUGAUUCGGAGGAGUGGGACCAGAGGACUCUCGCGACGCACACUUACCUCGGACGCGAGUUGAACAAGUUGAACCUCCAAUCUCCCUGA